AUAUAAAUCUGACAUUGUCUGUUACAGAAGUCAAAACUAACUAACGUCAAAGAAAAAAUCUACUCAUCAUAGUGAUUAUAAGUUUCUAUUUUAUAAGAAUAUUUUCUCAAAGUAUAUUGAAAAUUUUUUUAAAUGGCUUUUAAAUUCUCGUAUAUAUUCGAUGGGAAUACUAAAACAAAGCCUGAACAAAAUCUUGGGGGCUCCAGUAAAAAAUUAUCUAGGGACAACUUAUUACAGAAAACCCAUGAAGAAAGAAGGAAAAGACAGGAACAACGAUUGAAACUAGAAAAUGCAGAAUUAUUACAGUCUCAUGUGAGGAGUUAUUUGGUACGCAAAACUAUAAAACAAAAGGAGAGAAGUUUUUUUGAUAAUGAACAAGGUGGACUUUCUCUUCAUGAACUAUUGUCUAAAUUAUUGUUUUUUUAUGAUCCAGAUCAGGACAAUUUCAGAAUGAUGGAGAUGUGUGGACUUCUAUUGAAUAAUUAUAAUGAGGUUUCUAAGAGAAUAGUAUCUGAUAUGUCCUUUUCUUGGUUGAUGAAGAGACUUCUUGUGAUAUGUUUGAAAAAUUUAAUUUACAAAGAACUGAGAACAUCACUUUUAGACUUUAUAGAAAAAUUCACCAGGAAUCCUGAAUUGAUUGAAUUCAUUAUUAUGCAAGGUUACUUCAAAUUUUUGAGAGCAGCUUUAGAUCAAGAACCAGAUGAUAUGCUUGCAAAAGUUUUACUUUUAAUUUACCGUCCUUUCCAAUAUGUUUACGUUCCAUUAGAAUUAAAAGAAAAAAUAUGUUCAAAUUUUUGUGAUGCUUUUUUGAAACCAUCUCUAACAAAAAAUGUUAAAUGGGACUUGAUACCUUAUCUUAAAACUAAAAAAGAUUUCCCUUUUGGUGGAAUCAUCAAACAUUUGAACAAGAGUUAUAAUGAAAGCAAUAAUAGUCUGUUUUAUUGUAUUCUGUCCUUGGAACCAGAUGAUUUUGAACCUACUAAAGACUCAAUUGAGGUACUCGCUAAAUUGAGCAAGAAUGUGUACCGACUUAAAAUGCAGGUUGCUUAUAUAGAAGAUUCUGAUGAGGAAGAAGAAAUGUUAGAUUCAGAGGAAUAUCUAAUGCUCACUGAAUUUUUGAAAAUAAUGAAUCAGUCAGAUAAAGUUCUGAAGUGGACAUCAUAUUUUGAUCGCAAUAAAGAGGAUUUGGAUGUUCUAGAAGCCUUCACUCAAUUGUGUCACAAUUUAUUAUUAGUUUAUAAGGAUGCCGUGCGCAAAUAUUUAUUACUUUAUAAAUUAGGCCUAAACAGUACUUUUUUGAGAAGGCUUUGGAUUACUCUUGGGAAUGGUAGAAAUAUAGAAAAUGAACUGAAAGGAUGCUAUUUGGUUUCUUGGAGGGACUGUCAUACUAGACUUUCAGUGUUUUGUGAUAUGUUUACUUUUUACACUCAGGCUCUUACAGAUAGAGAAAACUCUGAUACAAGUGGUACUUUCAAUAAGGUAGAGCUGUAUGCGAUGUGCAAAUUGUUGGUAAAUGUUUCCUUAGAUUUGAUUGAGGUGGCAUUUCCAAUGUGUAGAUCCAGUUCUGUAACUGCUACACCUGAAGUACUCCAUUUAUAUAAUUCUUGUCUGAAUUGUGUAAAGAAAUUAUAUAUGUUAAAUAUGAGAAAAGAAUUUUGUCGUCCAGAAUUUUGGACCUCCAAAAAAAUUUAUAUAACCCAAGAUUUAACACGGAAAAAUUAUUUGUCAAAAACUGUGAGACCCUUUUUUGGCAUAAUAGCAGAUGAUGAUGAUGAAGAGCACCUACCUCCCCUUUCUACAAUUGAGCAACGUUCUCUAGCGAUUCUGCAAGAUCUCCCAUUUUUAAUUAAUUUCAAUACCAGAGUGUUGCUGUUAAGAGAAUUAUGUCGAAAUAGUCUGGGCAAUGAAUUGCAAAGAAUGCGUAUGGAUUUUACUUUUGAUAACAAUAUUGUGAUUAGGAGAACACAUUUAUAUGAAGAUGCAUUCGAAAAACUUUCCCAAAAAAAUGAAUCUGAUUUAAGACUCAAAGUGAGAGUUAGAUUUAUCAAUAAUGUUGGUUUGGAAGAAGCUGGUAUUGAUGGUGGAGGCUUAUUUAAGGAAUUCUUAAAUGAGGUCUUGAAAACAGCACUCGAUCCUAAUCGAGGUUUUUUUAUAAUGACAGCCGAUAAUACAUUCUACCCCAAUCCAAAUGUUGAGAGAAUAAUAAAAAAUUUCACAGAACACUAUUUCUUUAUUGGGCGUUUAAUAGGAAAGGCUGUAUUUGAAAAUAUUCUUGUGGAUCUUCCAUUGGCUGAAUUCUUCCUGGCAAAAUUAUUAGUAGACAGAGCACCUGCCCAUUAUUUGCAGUCUUUGGACCCAACACUGUAUAAAAAUUUGCUCUUCCUCCGUGAUUAUGAAGGAAAUGUCACUGAUCUAGGAUUAGAUUUCUCAACAGUCCAUAACGAUUUAGGGGAAACCAAGGUGAUCGAGUUGAAACCCAAUGGUAGAAACAUUCCAGUAACUAAUGAGAAUAGGUUAGAGUACAUUCAGAGAUUCGCGGAGCUGAAAUUGAACACACAAUUGAAAAGACAAUGUGUUGCAUUUAGAGAAGGAUUGGACAGUGUAGUGCCUUUAUUAUGGCUUAAACUAUUCAACCAUAAGGAGCUCCAAGUGAUCAUUGGAGGAGACAACCAAGAAAUUGAUCUUACUGAUAUGAGGUCUCAUACCACUUAUGGAGGUGAAUAUAACAGUGAUCAUGAGACAAUAAUAUUGUUUUGGAAAGUGGUGAAUCAGUUCAAUGGUACUCAAAGGAAGCAAUUGUUAAAAUUUGUAACCAGUUGCUCAAGACCACCACUCCUAGGAUUUAAAGAAUUAUAUCCACCUUUCUGCAUACAAUCAUCUGGCAAUGAUAGAAUGCCAACAGCUAGUACCUGUAUGAAUUUGUUGAAAAUUCCAUUAAUUCGAGAUGAAGAUAUUUUGAGGAAUAAACUUCUGGAAGCAAUUGAACAACAGGCAGGAUUUGAAUUGUCAUAAAUCAUGGCAAAUACUAUUAUCAAUGUAAAUAUAUUUUUAUUUGGAAACUAUUAAUAGAUUGGAAGAGAUGUGAAAACAAA